AGAGCUGAGAAAGCCAGGGUGGACAAGUUCAGUCAGUUGCUUAGUGGACGCCGGCGGGUAGAGACGCGCACCACGGCUGGUCAACAUGUGUCUGCUGCAUGUUAUUGUUGCUGUACUGGCAACUGUGUCCAUCACGCAUGGACAGGGGCUGGUGUUCGAGCGAGAGGGGGACCCAUGCAAGCUCACCGGCGGGAAGUCCGGCCGCUGUGUGGACAUCCUCUCGUGCCCAGGUGUCCACGGGACCUCCAGCACAAGCCCACCUCAGAUAUGCUGGUACACCGCUACCUUUCCCAUAGUUUGCUGUCCUGUAACUGAAGGAAGCGAGACUGAAAGUGUGGACGAGGCGCUCCUGCCGGAGACCUCGCCCCCAACCCUCAACUUUGAGUGCGGUUUAAGCAAACCUCGGAUCACUUUCAUACCAUUCGGUAACGAGGCCUUCAACCUACAGCCAAGACAAGGCAGACCACCAGACGAGAUCGUCACCAGCAGAAGGGUUGGAGUCGUAGAGGUGACUGGCGGCGCCAUGGCAAAGAUCAACGCCUGGCCUUGGAUGGCGCUGCUGGGGGAGCGCAAAGGGCCGGACAUAAACUGGUUCUGCGGAGGUGUUCUCAUUAAUGACCAGUGGGUCCUCUCUGCUCUACACUGCCUCGAAGCCAAUGACGCUGAGGUUGUCCGUCUUGGCGAGCACGAUUACAAGAAUGACAAUGACGGCGCUGCUCACGAAGACUUCGGUGUGGCGGACACGGUCCUACACCCAGACUACAUCUAUCCUCAGGCCUACCACGAUCUGGCACUCAUCAGGCUCGACCGAAAAGUGAAAAUACAAAGGCACAUGAUGCCUGUGUGUCUGCCCUGGGGGAGGGAGAUGACCACCAACCUCACCAGACAAAAGGUCAAGCUUACUGGCUGGGGGGAGACCACGUAUGGCGGGUCUCUCAGCUCGACACUACAAGAGGUGGAGUUGACAGUGUUUCCGCCAUCAAGGUGUGAUCGCAGCUACUCGCAGCUGGACAGCUACAGUGAGAGAUGGCCUCAAGGUAUAGGAGACAAGACCAUCUGUGCCGGCGACGGAAAAGGAGGAAGAGAUGCUUGUCAGGGCGACUCCGGAGGUCCCAUCGUGACCCAAAACUCUGUUGGCCGCUACACCUUGGCUGGCAUAGUCUCCCGUGGGUACGGCUGCGGCCACAAGGACUUUCCUGGUCUCUACGUCAACAUGCGGCACCCACAACACCUCGCCUGGGUCAAGAAAGUCGCAUUUGGUUGACCCCUGGCAUCCUGUCAGCCUCUGUCACUCGUAAUACUUGGCCUUCGUCACUCCCGUAACCGAAACCCAACCACCUGGGCUGGAUAGUAGAGCGAUGGUCUUGCUUCUUGCAGGUCUUUCAGUCUCCGACCGUCCAUGUGGUUAGGAACCAUUUCUUCCCCCCGUCCCAUUCCAAAUCCUUAUCUUGAUCCCUUCCAAGUGAUAUAUAGUCGUAAUGGACUUGGCGCUUUCCCCUGAUAGUUCCCUUCCCUUCCCGUGUCCGAAGUAACUGAAUCCUGGUGUGCUGGCACUACAGUAGACGAUAGCAUGCUACAGCAUCCCGGUACAUGCCCGUCAAGGAACUGUUCGCAUGAUAACUCGUUCCGCCACUUCUGUCACCAUAAAAAAGACACCAUUAGAGGUCACGAUGAAAGUGAAACCUAGAUUUUUGUUAAUGUUAGCCUGGAAAUCAGUGUAAUAAGGACAGUGUUUUAUAAUGAGACUAUUUGUUUUAAUAAAUUUUAAAAGAAA